AACGUAAUUUUAACUUAAAAAAGAAAUAUAAUACCCGUACGUGUUUUAUCCAUAACUUUUUCAUAUCGUAUUUUACUAACUAUAGUGUUAAUAGAAAUUACUCAAGCGAAGGCUUUUUAAUAAAUCAAUAGAACUCGAUCAUAAGUGUUCUGGUCAAACCAGAGAAAUUCAAGUUAGGCCAAAAAUGGGAACAAAUGAUUGACUCCUCCGGCGGCAAUGAUAAGUUGGUUGCCGACUCUGCCGUAUACCCUAAAAAAAAUAGCAAAACCGUUGGUCAUUAAAUAUAAUCAUGGUUUAUUAGCACAUACUUGCUUUUGUUGCUAUCAUUUGAUGAAGAUAAAAUAUUGUAUAAUAUUUCUAUAGAAAGUAAAAAAGAUAAGGAUAAUGAUGGUAUUUAUAUAAAUUGAAGAGGUGCAUGCGGAAAGAUGUCACUGAUUCGGGCAGAAAAUUGAACCGAGCAAUUGGGUCGUCGUUCAGUUGUGGCAGUUGUUUCAUAUAGGCACAAUCCAAAUCUGUUUGGUUAAUUGGUUCGAUUAUGUGGCUGAUUACAUAUAUCAAUUCGGCCAAGUACCAACAAAUUUAAUGAAGCCGAGAGGAGCGAUAAAUCAUUGAUUCUGUGGUAUUUGAUAUAAUUACUUAGUUGGAUACUUGGAUUCAAUUAGGAGCAUUUCAAAAGAGCAUUGAUAAAAGGCAGGAGAGAUUCUACGGGACGGGUUAGCAUGCUAACCCCUUAAGGGGUUGGUUUUUUGACACCCCCCUUUUAAUUGGUCAAUUUUUUAUUAAUUAUUGACAAGUAUUAAUGAAAGUAAACAUAAUAAAUGUUCUGUUAUUAAAUACAAAGUAAGCAUUAAAUAUACCACAUUAAUUACCACUUUACUGGUAUUUGUACCACUGCACUGAUACUCAGAUAUGACAUUGCUACCAGUGCACUGAUAUCGCUACCAGUGCAGUGGUAUAUCUAUCAGUACAUUGGUACAACGUAUCAGUGCAGUGGUAUAUCUACCAGUACAGUGGUACACCGUAUCAGUGAAGUGGUAUAUCUACCAGUACAGUGGUACACCGUAUCAGUGCAGUGGUAUAUUUUUUGGAGGUGGUCGGAGGGAGUCUGCCGAUGGGAUUUUCACCGGAGAAGUGUGGCGGUCGGAGGAAGUCUGGUGGUCGGAGACUGCUGAAAAAGGAAAAAUCAAAUAUAGUGAGAGAAUUCCUAAUGUGUAUUUAAUGUGUGUAUUUAUUUCCUAAUGUGUAUUUAAUAGUGAGAGAAUUCCUAAUUAAUAUGGUACAUUUAAUUCCUAAUGUGUAUUUAAUAUGUGUAUUAAAUUCUAUAGUUGUAUUUAAUAUACUAGGGGGUGUCAUUUUUCCAACCCCUAAGGGGGGUUAGCAUGCUAACCGACCCCGAGAUUCAACUAAAUCUAUCAUGAGACUCUUCGAAAUUAUUAGAAGACACGACGAUCACUUCAUUCGAGCAUAUGUAAAACAAUCUUAAUAAAAUCACACCGAUUUUAGGGUUUAGUGAUGUUAAGUCAAAGUUAUAUUGUUUGAUUGGUAGAACAUUUGUUUAAUUUGUACAACAAAGAAAAGAAAUUACGAAGUGAAGCAGAAGUUAUGUCAAGUACUUAAUUUUUCUUGCCAAAUAAAUACUGUCGGCCGGCCCAAACAUAACAUGAGACUGCUACGCCACUGUUUCUGAACAACUCCAACUCCAAGACAAGAUUCUUGUGAUUAUUUAAAACAUGCAUGAUUAAAAAACGAUUGAUUCUUUAAUUAAAUAUUUGAUUAUCGCAGCAGGUGAGGAGUCAAUUUGAUUAACAUUAUUAGUCCGGAGAAUUUAAUACGAAAGACAAUCUGAUGUGGCUGCUGGAUGUUUUCGUGUUCAUUGUAGGAUCAAACGGUGUUGCGGUGUGGCAAGACGCGAAUACGCUACGUAACCCAUCCAUUUUACUCCGACAUCUUAUAUGUGGAGUCUACAAUCAUCUAUCGCAAAAUGGGAUGGCCGAGAAAGCGUUAACCAUCAUGCUCGCGCACCAUGGCUCCUCAACAACAGAGUCGAAUUCGACCGGACAUAAAUAUGACAUGAAUAUCAAAUGCAAAUGUUGAAGUUAUUAGUUCACCCUUCUUUUUCAAAAAAUUUCAUUGAUUUUUUUUUACUGUCCUUCAGAGAGUUUGUUGUUGAUGGUGGUGGGGGUGGUGUGUUAUGUAACUAUCAUAUUUGAAGCCAAACAAUUUGUCAACUACAGGAUGAUUUUCACCUAAGGAUUUUUACUUUUGUUUGACAUAAAACGGUGAAAGUAGAAUUUUUUACCCUUUUGUAAAGAAUUUUCUUAAUUCGGAGGGAUGGUAAAAAAAAAAAGGUGAAACAGACAAAACCUUUAGUGGGGGCACAGAUCCCACCACAUCAAUCACCACGUUCAAUUUUGAUUUCCUCAACCGUCAUUUUACAAUCAUGGUUGCUACAUUGUAUUGUCGAAUUGCUCGCUAGUUUCGGGCCAGUAUCGAAUCGACGUAGUGACAUUUUUGUAAAAGUAAUGGUGUAAUAUCCCCGACAUUUUUAUGAUUAAGAUGUUGUAUGCUUUGCACGUAUCACGUACGAAUACGAUUAUACUUCGGAAUUGUGUCAUGAUUGACUUCCUGCGGAGUCACUCAUCGUUGUACUCGUUUCACGCAGAGCACAUUUAAGUUCGAAACUACAUUUUGGAUCAAAUUGUGCCUUGUCGAUUAAAGAUAGAUUGAAUUCUUCCUUAUAUAUAUCAUGGAUCUUUUUCGUAUUUUGUCGAUAUUAGAUUUGCCCUAAGUGGUUACUAAUGAAGGAGUAGUUAGAUUGCAUUUUGGAUAUUAAAUGGAAAAGAAAAAAAAGAGGAGAAAACUAUCACGUCGAUAAGUGGGAGUUUCUUUUUUUGCUCUGUUUUUUUCUAAUAUUUCUAUUAUUCCGCUCCUCCCUCUGCCUGCCACAAACAGAACGGAAGAAACAGCAGGCGCCAUUUUAGCUUCAGCAAGCAGUUAUCACACUUCCUUCCCUUUACCCCCUUCCCUUCCGCCAUUAUUGAUCUUUACUGAACUCACAAUCAACAAAAUACAAGCAAAAAAUACUCGCACCAUUCUUCUUCCUCAACUUAGAGAUUCUCCAAAUAACUAACACACACUCAGCGCCAUCUCUUUCGGCUUGAUCUCAUCACUCCGCCUGCCGUUCGAGCUCUCCAGUCAAUGGCGGCCGCCCUUUGGAUCUGAAAUCCCUCCUUCGGCAACUCGCUUUCUCUGGGUGAGAAAUUUAACUUCUGGGUUUUUUGCUUUCAUACACUCCCCUGUUUUUCCCCCUCUCUGUUAUUCCGUUGACUGUUGACUCUAGAAGCCUUCCCAAGCUUUUUCCUUUCCUUUUCUUCAUCUGGGUACCCUGGCUUUUUGGCCCUGUUUCCUGUUUUGUCAUCUCAUUGGCUGAUGAAAGCUGGAGACUUUGAGGUUCGGUGAUGGUGAUCUUUUCGCCGUCUCAGGAAAAUUUAGUUUACAACUGCAGUCCCAGGCCUGCAAAAAAAAAUUCUGUACACAAUUGCAAUUGGUUUCUUUGUUUAAUUCAAUUUUCCGCCCCUGAGGUCUCUUUCUAAAACCCAGAAAGUGUUGACAGUUUUGGAAAUUGGAGAAAAAUACAAAAGAGAGUUGGAUUCGGUUUUGAAAGAAGGUUUACACAAAAGGGAAACAGGACAUGGGUUUCUUGUUAUUUUCUGUAGUUGGCACUUGGCUGGAAGCUAGCUGUUGUUUUCUCGUUCAAGGUAGCCAUUUGCAAGGCAUACUGAAGCUUUUCCCCUUCUUUUUUAUUUGUUGGUUGCAGAAUAAUGUACAGACCAUUUGUCACUUGCGAUGAUCCCAAAGGGGUAGUGGAAUGUGGGACAAUCAGAAAGUCCAAGCAUGUCCUCCAAAAGAUGGAGGAAGAGCAUAACAAGAAGAUGGCAGGUCAUAGACAGCAGGGAAAUAAGAAGGGUUCCAUUGAGGCGGCAAAAUUAGCAAUGGGGAAAAGAAGGGGAGAUAAGGAACAUUACAACAACAAUACCAACAAUCCAUCUUCAUUCCAGCUGCUGGAGGUCUCAAAGGGAGCUCAGAAGCUGAACAAGGUGGUCGAUUCCUGGUCUAGAGAAGGGAAUAAGGGCUACGAUGGUGAAGGCGGGUCGAAGGAGAAGAUGGCUAAGGAUUUGCUGAAAGGGGCUCUUGAUCUGAAGGAGUCGCUGGUUAUGCUUGGAAAGUUGCAAGAGGCUUCCAAGUACAUGGCCAAGUUGAAGAAGAAACAGCAGCAGAAGGAGAAUCCUGAUCUGGUUAGAACCGAUGCUGAAUUUCCUUUGAUGAGGAGGGUGAGUUCUUGUAGAGAAGGUGGUGGUGGUGGUGAUGGUGGUGGUUUUGGUGAUUAUCAGAAGCCACGACAUUCUUAUGAUGGAGCUUCUUCGUCGGGGGAUUACAUUGAUGAGCUUAGGAGUGCAAUAACAGACAGCUUUGCUAGACAGAAUUUGCUGUCGGAUGAUGAAAGGGCUUGGCUUGAGAGAAGGAGAAGAGGGGUUGAUUCCAUGGUGGCUCAAUAUUCCAACGCUAUUGUUGUUCAUCCAAGUGAAUCGUCAAAGGUAGCGAAGAAGGAAAGGAGUUCCAACUUGAUAGCUAGAUUGAUGGGAUUGGAAGAGAUCCAUCCUCCUGGAUCGCCUACUCGAAUCCCACAGAAGCGGGUGGACAUUGAGAUGCCAAAGUUGAGGAAGCAACAACAACAACAGCACGAUGCCUUGCUGGUGAAGGCAGCUGCAGCUGUUCAUGAGGCACAUCGGCAGCAGCAGCAGCAGCAAAGGAGCCUGAAAGAGCUGCUUGACACAAUGGAAUUCAGAGGGCUUCUUCUAAAGGGCAGUUCCGCGAAGAAGGAGGAGGACUUCAAGGCUCAUUCUCAAUCCAGUCAUCAUCAGUUGUUGUCUGAUAUUGGCAGCACACCACCUAUUGUGCUUAUUAAGCCUUUCCAUGUGCCUGAAUCAGAAAAACCAUUUCAGCAGCCAAUGGUUUAUGAAGAAGGGGAGGUUGUUAGUUCAAAUUUGCACGCGAGGAAGGUGAGAGUCAAAGAAGACAAUGGUGGAAGGAGUCAGAGGAUUGAUCAGGAAGAAGUGAAAAGAAUUGUGAAUGGGAAGAACAGGAUGAUGAUGGAAAGAAAGCUGAGUGCAGAAGAAGCUGAAAGGAGAUCGAUUAGCCCCGGAAAUGGAGGUAAUAAGGAACAAAAGGAUUCAGUUCCAAGAGUGAAAGAGGGUAAUAAGAGUAAUAAUAGUAAGAUUAGAGCUGGGAGACAAGUGAAGCAAGAGGGAAAGAAGGAGAUUGUUGAUAAGAAAGUGGUUAAGAUUCAGAAGGUGGUGGCUAGCAAUGAAGAAGCACCAGUGGCAAAGGAGACUGUUAAGGUCAGAAAUGGAGUAAGAACUCAGGAUAAGGGUAACGUUCCAACCUCUAGAAAGAUGAGGAGUUCUGAAGUUGGUGGAAUUGGUUCCAGGAGUCAGAGUUCUCAGCAGCAGAAUGCGACCCGUGAUAAUGCCAAAGGCAAGAAGAUGGAGAAGAAGAUGGUAGAUGAGGUUGCAGAAGUAAUACCAGAUAGCACAGAUUUGCAAGAACAUAAAGAAGACUGUAACGAGCUCGAUCUAGUAGGUGAAAUUCGACCUGUUGAGGAAGAAAUUAGUUCCAUUAAUGCAACAGUAGAGCAGAUAUGUAGAGGAGAAGAAGAAACAAGUUCAUCUGAAAUUCCACUUGAAGUACAACAUUGUACAGAAAGCCACAGUCCUCAGAAAAUUGUCCCUUUGGAGACCUCAGAUUCCAGAGAGAAUGUUGAGUCUGCUGAAUCCAAAGCCAGAAUCCAUUUCAAGACCUUCCUUUUAAGCAGCCAAGAGUUUCUCACUCGUGUAGAGGAGCUCUUUCCUCUCACUACUGUCCCUUCUCCAAACACUAUACUAUCAACAUCAACUACAUUCGAUCCACUCAACGAGAAACUGUCCCUAGACUAUGCAAAUGAACUCAUCAAAUGCAAAAGCGAUCCGGAUUCACAAGCAAAAAGAGAUGGUUUGCUUCUUCUUACUUCUUGCGCAGGAGGAGCAUUGAGAAAGCAUGUUUCUUUGGACCAGCUUGUAGAAGAAGUCUGUCAUGGCGUCGAGACACUCCAGGGGUACAAUAACAAUUAUCUUGUUCUGGGUUCUGGAAGGCAACCCAGGCAAGCUACUGAUAGUGUGAAUGCAAUACUGGAGAAGGAUGUGAAGAGUAUAGGAGUUGUGAGUGGUGUGUGGGAAUUGGGCUGGAGGAAUGGAUUCUCCAUGGAAGAAGCUGAACACGCUGUGAUCGAUUUAGAGACGUUGAUUCUAGAUCAGUUGAUCGAUGAGGUAUUCACUGCUUAGCUUUCUCAGGUUUCUAGAGUUAUUUCCCUUUGAUUGUUGCUCAACUAUGUAUAGAGAUAGUAAGAGAGAGGUAGGAAGGUCCAUUUAGAGGGCUCCUAAGCAUUUCAAUUUUCUGUCUUCUUUGUAAAUAAUUGACAUUUAUAGAA